UCCAAAGAUUGAGUUAGGCGAAAAGAAAAAUCGGAAAAUACGCGCAUUUCGCAAAACAAAGAAAAAAAUGGCACAAUUUAAUCUCCAACCCGGUACCUUAUAACGGUCGACCCGGCGGGUGCGUGCGGCCCGUUUUUCUCACCAGGUCGGGUCAAAGUGGGCAUGCAAUUCUAUAGUGUAGUACUAAAGGCAAACUAAUCUAUUUCACUCUUAUUAAAGAAACAAUGAUCAAUACAAGUCUUCCCCUUCUACGCUGUUUGUUGCAAUUAUAUAGAACUCAAAUUAGAGAAUUUGUACCAUGCUUUAAAGUAUUGGUAUGCAAUUCUACAGAACUCAAAUUAGAGCACUUCUACUAUGAUUUAAAGUACAACUUUAACUUGCACUAUAAUAUUAAAGGUACAGUUACGACUGUUUUGUUCGGAUCGAGAAAUUGGAGGAUUCAACAAUACAAGAAUACGAAAGCGCACACACACCCGACGCACGAUUUGCAUGGUUCACUAACAUAAUGUGUGUUAGCUAGUCCACGGGCAGGAGAGAGCAAGUUUCACUAUACUUUUAAGAGAUAUAGAUGACAGAGAAGUAUGAGAAGUAUUUAUAGUACUUCUCCUAGUUCUAACCAUAACCCUAAUCAAAGCUAGUCCACGGGCAGCGAGACCCCCGAGACUUCCAGUCGUAGCGGCUGAUAGUCCGAUUCAAGUCACAUUAACAGGUACAAAUUGAAAUUGUAUCAUAACAUAAUUUGUAACUUUAUGUUAUGGUACAACUUCAAAACAUGAAUUAUUUUUGGAUAUGCAGGAUUUUGGGAAUAGCUUCCCUUCUCAGCAAUCCACGUACAUUUUGAAAUUAUGUCUAUGAUAAAAGUUGUAUUCCUUAAAAAUUUAUGCGAAAUAAAAAAAAAAAUCAUGUCGUUUGGAUUUUGGAGCACAAAGUUAUGGUUGUCCAAAGUUUGACGAAAUUGGAAAUAAGCUCGUUCGGGGUAGCAAACGACAUUUUUUGGGACGAAUGCGAGAUCAAACCACCUUCGACAGUCUUCGGCUUGCAAGAUCUCAAAAAGUUAUGCAGAAUAAAAAAAAAUCGCGACGAUCGGAUACCCGAACACAAAGAUAUGUUCGUUUGAAGUUUCCACCUAGGUUAGGAUUUUCAAAAAAAAAAAAAAAAGCAAACCGCAUGGUGGGGGUGCGGUCUGCAAAAAUGCCCCAUAGGGGUGCGGUUUUCAUCGAAAAAUGCGCCCUUGGGUGGCGGUUUUCGCCUAAACCGCACUGGUAGGGAGCGAUUUUUGGAAAAGGGUGCUAUUUUUGAAAUUUUUCGAAGUUGUGUGCUAUUUUUGGAAUUUUUUUAAAAAACAGUGUUAUUUUUGGAAAAAUUCCCGCGCUUCAAAGGCUACAAAAUCGGUUGCAGAGCAAUAAGUUUUUCCCGAAUUCCGAAGGUAAACCGGCUUCAUAUUUCUCCUUGCUAAAGGAAAAAAAAAAUACAGAGCAAGAACCCUAAACCCAGAAAGCAGAGCCAGACCAAGCCAGAGAUUAGAACACUGUCCCUGCACUCUGCUUCUUCGGCGAAGUUCAUUUCAGCCCAAGAUGGCCCCGGAGGCGGAAUUAAGAGCCGGAGAAGUGAUCGGAAUCGACCUAGGCACGACCUACUCAUGCGUCGCCGUCGCUCGAAACGGCAUGGCGGAGAUCAUAGCCAAUGAUCAAGGCAACCGUACCACACCUUCCAUCGUGGCCUUCUCCGCCACCGAUUCCGAGCGCCUCGUCGGUGAAGCCGCCAAGAAUCAGGCGGCAUUCAACCCUCGCCGGACUAUCUUCGACGCCAAGCGCCUGAUCGGGAAAAAAUUCGACGACCCAGAAGUUCAGAGGGACUUGAGGUACUUACCCUAUCCCGUGGUCAAUGGAGACGGGAAGCCGUGGGUGGAAAUCGAAAUAGUGAAAUCAGAAGAAGAAGGCGGAGGAGGAGGAGGAGAAAUGAAAAGAGGGUUUACCCCAGAAGAGAUCAGCGCCAUGAUUUUGGGGAAGAUGAAGGAAACCGCCGAAUCUUACCUCGGAGAGCCAGUGAGCGGCGCGGUUGUCACUGUCCCGGCCUAUUUCAACGACUUGCAGAGGCAGGCCACAAAGAACGCGGGGAAAAUCGCGGGUCUAAACGUCCUCCGAAUCAUCAACGAGCCCACCGCUGCGGCCGUAGCAUAUGGUCUCAACAAGCUCAAUCGGAAGAGGAAGCAAAGCAAGAGUAAGAUUCUGGUGUAUGAUUUGGGCGGGGGAACUUUUGAUGUCAGUUUACUGGAAUUAGAUGGUCAGGAGUUUCGUGUAUUGGCUACCGGCGGGGACACUCAUCUGGGCGGCGGGGAUUUCGACCAGAGAGUGAUGGAGUACUUCAUCAAGUUGAUUAAAAGAAAGUACGGCAAGGAAGAAAUCAGCGAGGAUAAAAGGGCUCUAGGGAAGCUCCGCAAGGAAUGCGAGAGAGCCAAAAGGGCGUUGAGCAAUCAAAACCAGGUCAGGGUCGAGAUAGAGUUUCAAGGGAUCGAUAUCUCGGAGCCUCUGACGAGGGCAAAAUUCGAGGAAUUGAACUUGGAUCUGUUUCAGAAGACGUUGGAGGUGGUCGAGACGACGCUGAUUGAUGCCAAGUUGGAGAAGAGCGAGAUCGAGGAGGUAGUACUGGUGGGAGGAAGCACAAGGAUUCCCAGGUUGAGGGAGAUGCUGAAGGAGAUGUUUGAUGGGAAGGAACCUUGCAAAGGGGUGAACCCUGAUGAAGCUGUGGCUUAUGGUGCUGCUGUCUUAGGAGCAAAAAUGAGUGGUCACGCAGUUGCAGUACAUGAUGGUAUUACGUUGUUUGAUGUCACUCCCUUGAGUUUGGGAAUCGAGAGGGAACUUGGUUUGAUGUCUGUAAUUAUCCCAAGAAAUACCCCUAUUCCAACAAAAAUAUCAAAGGAAUUUUUCACUAUACGGGACCAGCAAACCAGAAUGAGGAUCUAUGUGUUUCAAGGUGAAAGAACCCUGAUCAAGGAUUGCAUCGAGCUUGGAAGAUUUGUUCUGUCCGGUAUCACCCCAGCUCCAAGGGGAGUUUCAAAAGUGGAUGUUACGUUCGAGAUUGACGAGAAUGGAAUACUCAAAGUGACGUCGAGGGAGAAGAUCCCCGGAGCAAAAUCUCAGUCCCUAACCAUCACCAACUACAAAGGAGGUCUUACGCAACAAGAGAUUGAGAGGAUGAUCAAAGAAGCAAAGGAAAUGGAGGUGAAAGACAAGACGGCAAAGGCACGUUUGUAUGCCAGGAUCGAGUUAGAGCGCUACAUCUAUGAUGUCAAGAAUGCCAUCCUUAGUAGUGAUGGGCUGCAGCAGUUGGGCGAUGAGAGGAGAAAGGAGGAGAUGAGCUCUGUGCUAGCAACUUCACGUUGGUUGGACGAAAACCAAGGUGCGAUCAAGGAAGAUUACGAGAAGAAGCUGAAUGAGCUGAGAGGCGUUUGGGAUCCUAUUCUGAGCAAGCGCAAGAAGAUAUGAGCUGUUCAGAUCCUACUCUUAACCAAACUUGUGAAUGCCUGGGAAGUCCUCUUCUAAUUUCUUGUUAGCUCGGUACUCUGAUUUUGUUUCUCUUCUUGUUGUGGGUUCUCUUUGUUUUGGACGUAAUUUUGUGGUGAUCCAGCAGAAACCCAAAAACUGAUGAUUGAAAUACACAAUCUAGAACAAGAAAUGCUUACUGGGUUGCUAGUAAAGACUGUAAAAAUUC